AUGGGAUGGCAGAAAAGGGGAUCAGACCGAAGUUACGAUAGCAAAUCAGGAAUAGGAACAAUGAUAGGGAAUAGAACAGGAAAAAUAUGUGCUUAUGGUGUUAGGAGUAAAACAUGUCGAAAAUGUUCCUAUCACUUAAGUAAAGGUUGCACUCCACCUGAACAUGCUUGCAGUAAAAACUGGGAUGGAAGCUCAAAAGCUAUAGAACCAGACGUUGCGGUAGAAAAUGUUACAGAUAUUGAAAGUCGUGGUGUUAAAGUAGGAGUAAUGAUUAUGGAUGACGAUUGUACUACUAUGGCAAAAAUAAAACACCCAGUUACAAAGUGGUCAGACCUAAACCAUACAAGAAACCAUUUAGGAAAUAGCCUGUAUAACUUGCAAAAGAAACACAAAUGUCUCAGUCCAAAGGUGAUUCAGUUUCUUAAAAAAUGUUUCAGCUAUGCUGUCGCCCAAAACAAGGGUAAUGCAAAAGGGCUUGAGAGAUCACUUCAACAGAUCGUUCCUCACAUAUUUGGAGAACAUACUGAUUGCGAAAAUUGGUGUGGUUAUUUAAACAACCCUGAUACACACAAGCAUAAAUCCUUGCCGUAUGGUCGUGAUUUGAGUGGUGAUGAAUUGCGCAAAGAUCUCACAGCAGUGUUUAAAGUGUUCAUUAAAAAUUCAUCAAAAAUUGCACCAGGGGGAUCAACUAAAGAUGUAGAAUCAUUCAAUAAUAUGGUUGUAACUAAGGCACCAAAACGCUGUCAUUAUUCAGCAUCUAAAAGUUUGUCCAAUAGAUUAAACUGUGCAGUGGCACAGAAAAACAUCGGUCAUAGUUAUAUAACUAAAGUGAAUAAGGCAAUUGUGGUCUCACCUGGAUAUAUUGCUUCCAGAUACGCAAAGUUAAAAGAAAUGAAACAUCUAAGGCGGCUUCUAUUUGAAAACUCAAAGGAAUAUAAAAAACAAAAAUUAAAAAAGAAACUUAAAAAUCAUUCAUCAAACAUACAGAAGGUAUUGCGGGAGGGUACAACUUACAAGCCAUCCAUUGCUACUACUGAUGUGGCGGAUAUAACAGAAAUUCCACCAUCUCAAAUCUGCCCAGUUCACGAGCAUAUUCAGUUCAGUGAUAAUUACAACAAUGUAUAUUGUGAUAUUGAAACUACAUCUUUGAGGAAAGACUGUGACAUUUUGCAAAUAGCAGCAGUGUGUGGCAGUGUAAGUUUCAAUCAGUAUAUUUUACCGACCCAAACUAUAAGUCAAGGAGCCUCUAAUUUGACUGGUUUGUCACAUAUUGAAAAUGUGUUGUUUUUGAAUGAAAAGCCGAUAGAAAACGUUUUGCAUUUGAAAGAAGCGCUUUCAGUAUUUCUUGCCUGGCUUUCUGAUAUUGGUAAAUAUGUUCUUAUUGGUCAUAACUUCAGAAAAUUUGAUUUUCCAAGGCUGAUACGAGCAUUUGACAUUUGUGACCUGCUGGCCUCCCUCAAGACCUGUGUUGUAGGGAUUAUUGACAAUCUUCCAAUGUACAGAAACGUAUACCCACAAAUAGAAAAACAUACCCAAGAAUUUCUUUUGAAACAUAUUUUAAAUGAAACAUACAAUGCACAUAAUGCCAUUGCAGAUGUUGAAAGUCUGAGAAAGUUGGUGUUUGUCUCAAAUAUUUCAAAGGAUAAACUUUUAAAUCACGGUGUGACAACUGACUCGGCCAUCAGCUUAUAUACAUAUUACCUAAAAGGUGAUGCAAAUUAUUCUACAUUACUUGUUUUACAAUAG